AUGGCACCCAUCUCCAAGAGCAUUGCGGCUCUAUCUCUCGCUUCGGGUGCUCUCGCCUCGCCCUUCCAUGCGCGUCAAUACAAUGCAACGAGCCCGUGUGCCCAAGUAGCCAGCUCGGCCGCAACUCAAACAGCUGCCGUGCCCACCGUCCCUGCACAGUUGGCCUACGAUUGUCUUACUUCAGUCCCGUUCAACCAAUCUGCUGCCCUUGCACUUGUCGACGGUGUGGUGCCUUAUUUCCGAUGGCAAAGCAACACUGUCUGGCUCAAGGAUCCCCCCAAAGAAUACGCUGAAAAGGUGCAACCCGGUGUCGACAUCUGGGGUGGGCUUGACAAGAUAAGAGAAAAGGUAGUCAAGAGCAAUUAUGCGAACGAAUACGAGUUCGGCUUCGAGCUCUAUCGUCUUCUCCAAACUACACACGACGGCCAUUUUGUCUAUGUGCCCGACAUCCUAGGAACCGUUUUUAAUUUUGCGCGACCAAUUCCUCUCGUUUCGGCCUCUUCAGAUGGCAAGGAACUACCAAAGGCCUACGUCUACGACGAUGUCUUAGCUGAGUCUUUUGGCAACGCAACCUUCAAGGCAUCUCCCAUCACAAAGAUUAAUGGUCAGAAUGCUAAGGAAUACCUCGAAAACUGGGCACAGUACGGCUCUCUCCAAGACCGCGAUGCUCUUUACAACAACGUCUUCUAUGAACUUGCUACUGUGUCACUUGGCCCCACUGGACCUGGCAUGGGCACUUUUGCUGGGUCAGGGAGAGGUCGCUGGAUUUACCCUGGAGCUACCACCACGCUUGAUUUCGCCAAUGGCACCAGCCACACCUACCAAAACUUUGCCAAGGUCUUGAUCCCAUUCGAUGGUAUCACUGAUGGCGAGAGCCUCUACAAGCUUUGGUUUACCGGCAACCAACCUACUGAGACUGAGGAUCCCGCUCCUUCUAACUCUACUACACCAACCCCUUCGGCAUCCGCCUCUGCAUCCACCACACCAAUUCCUGCUCCUGGCUUCCCACCGCCAGUUAUUCGUGAAAGCCACAACUUGAUUGGUGGUUAUUACCUGGAAGACGAGUACUCCGAUGUUGCUGUUCUGUCCGUUCCUUCAUUUGUGGGCAUCGAUGCUCAGGAAGAAUUCCAAGCCACUGCUGUAAACUUCCUCUCCGCAGCCAAGGCUGCCGGAAAGAAGAAGCUUGUCAUUGACGUUCAGGCAAAUGGUGGUGGUACCAUCCUGCUGGGAUACGACCUCUAUUCACUCCUCUUCCCUAAUGACAUCGAUCACGCAGCAGCUGACCGAUUUCGUGCUUUCGAAUCAACGGAUCUCAUUGGCAAACAGUUCUCCAAAGCUUCUGAAGGUGUGACAAGAGAGCCAGUCACUCCGGAACAAAACGAAACACUGUACGACCUUCAGAGCGAUGUCAUCUCUUCUACCUUCAACUAUCGCACAGAUCUGAACCUUGAUGGGGAACCCUUCACCAGCUGGACGGAAAAGUUUGGUCCGUUUCAUGCCAAGGGUGACAACUAUACAAGCCUCUUCCGCUGGAACCUAAACGAUACAUUGAUCACCCAGAACUCAGGUGGCAUCUAUGUUCACGGCCAUGGCCCUCUAUCCAACUAUACCGAACAGCCCUUCGCUGCUGAGGACAUUGUUGUCGUAACUGACGGGUACUGCGCAUCUACUUGCACUAUUUUCUCUGAGCUUAUGCGCCAACGUGCUGGUGUUAAGUACAUAUCCCUUGGUGGUCGCCCUCGUGAGGGUAUCACACAAGCAGUCGGUGGAGUCAAGGGUACCAACAAUCUUCCUUGGACCUAUAUCCAGGCGCUUGCUCAAUAUGCGGUUCUCAACACCACCUCUUCAGCCGACGAGGCAGCGCAGCUCAACAACACCGAGCUAAACCAGUACUGGUCUUCCGUUCCCUUUGACCGUCUCGCUAUUGGUUCGUCAAUCAACAUCAAUUUCCGAGACGGCAUUCGUGACGGCGACGAGACUGAGACCCCACUGCAGUUCGUCUACGAGCCAGCUGACUGCCGCAUCCUGUACACUAAGCAAAUGACCGUUGACAUCACCGCUAUCUGGAAGGCCGUCGCAGACACCACCUGGGGCGGAAAAAGCCACUGCAUCGCCGGUGACUUUGCCGGAUACUCAACAAACAGCCUGACCAAACGCGAGUUGAGCGGUAGAGAAGAGGCUCUCAGCAAGAGAAUGAAGCAAUGGAGGAGAGAACUUGCGCCAAAGGAUUACCCCCUCGAUGUCCGCACCGAUAUGCGCAAGGCAAAGAUUAUGGGUGACGGCGUUAUGUGGCCAUAA